GCAGGAGAGUGGUGACAGGUGAGAGGGUAACAAUGAUGUUUGUAGAGAAGAUAAGAACAUUCGAAAUGACCCUGUUGGCAGGCCCUUACACUCAACCUCGUUUCCCUUGCAAUUGCAACCCAACCCUUUCUGUUUCCUGCUGCAAAACUCAAAAGACUGCAACACUAAGCAUAACCGCAACCAAGAAAACAGAACAACGAAAGGGAAAGACAUUUAGUGGGUCAUUCAAUCAAACAGUUGGUGCGCAACCUCUGCCUCCAAAGAAGACUGUGAAGAAAAGGGUAUUCUUUUUAGACGUUAACCCGCUCUGUUAUGAAGGAAGCAAGCCAAGCUUACACUCUUUUGGUCAUUGGCUCUCUCUUUUUCUCUCUCAAGUCAGUCACGCCGACCCUGUUAUUGCUGUUGUUGAUGGAGAAAGAGGCUGUGAGAAUCGCAGAAAGUUGCUACCUUCUUAUAAAGCGCAUAGGAAAAAAUUCAUGAGACACUUGUCACCUCUGCAAAGAUUUUCAAGAGGUCAUGUUGGGAGGUCCUAUCAAGUUAUCAAUGAUGUUCUUGGAAAAUGCAAUGUGCCAGUUAUAAAAGUUGAUGGCCAUGAAGCCGAUGAUGUUGUAGCUACACUUGCGGGACAAGUUCUCAAUAAAGGGUUUCGAGUGGUGAUUGCCUCCCCUGAUAAGGAUUUUAAGCAACUUAUUUCUGAAGAUGUGCAAAUAGUUAUGCCUUUGCCUGAGUUACGAAGGUGGUCCUUCUACACCCUAAGGCACUACAGAGAUCAGUAUGAUUGUGACCCACAAUCUGAUCUGAGCCUUAGAUGCAUUGUAGGGGAUGAAGUUGAUGGCGUUCCUGGUAUCCAACAUCUUGUCCCUAGUUUUGGUCGGAAGACUGCUCUAAAACUUAUUAAAAAGCAUGGUUCAUUGGAGACUUUAUUGAAUGCGGCUGCAGUAAGGACUGUGGGCAGACCAUAUGCACAGGAUGCCCUUAAAAAGUAUGCUGAUUACCUACGGAGAAACUAUGAAGUUCUUGCCUUGAAAAAGGAUGUAAAUGUCCAAAUUCAUGAGGACUGGUUGAUUGAGAGAGACACUCACAAUGAUACAUUUGCACUAUCUACCUUCUUCAAAUAUUUGGAAGAAAGUAAGGAGCUCACUUACAACACCAGACAACCAUUAUAAUGUUUGAAGGCAUGCAGGUAGUAGCAGUGGGGCUGGAGCUGUGGGCAAGAAGCUUACGGGAUGAGCACUUGGAUAUAAAGCUUGUUUUGCAUUUUGAGACCAUUUGGCAUAAGCUAGACUUAGGGCAUGAAUAUUGUAUAUGGAUUUAGGAUUAUGCAUAUUGUCAUAUUUGUUCAUGUCAUAUUUUGCCUAAGUCUAGUUGUAUAUUUAUCAUGUUGUAUUUGAGGUUAUUAUGUUGUAUCUAGGAGGACUUAUUGUAUUAAUGCUUUUCAUUGAAGAAAUGUAAUUUGUAAAUAUUGAACCUUGUGUAUUAUUGAAGCAUGAUAUAUGAUGA